CGUCUCUCCGAGCAGAGAGAGUGGGGCAGGAGGACUUCGUUGAUGAUACGCGCAUGGGCGGUCGGGAUACACGCUCCCACGCCUUCCCCUCUUCUCUUCCUCGCCUCCUCCUAUUCUUCUAUCGCUUCCUCGAAGGCCAACCGCUUCGCCAUGUCGCGCUCCGUCAGGAUCGCAGUCGUCGGAGACGUGCACGAUGAUUGGGACCUGGAAGAAGAUUCUAAAGCCCUUCAGUUGCUGCAGCCUGAUUUGGUACUGUUUACAGGCAUGUCCUUUCCUCUUUCCAUGGUGUUCCUUCACAUGGUGAUUUUGGUAAUGAAAAUGUUGAACUUGUUAGAAGCAUUUCAAAUCUUAAUUUCGCAAAAGCAGCAAUUUUAGGGAACCAUGAUUGUUGGAAUACUCCACAGUUCUCAGAGAACAUGGUCUUCAGGAAGGCAGAUCGUGUCCAGCUUCAGCUGGAAUGUCUUGGGGAACAACAUGUUGGCUAUCAGCGUUUGGAUUUCCCAAUGUUAAGACUCUCUAUUGUUGGUGGUCGACCCUUUUCUUGUGGGGGUGACAGAAUAUUUCGGCGAAGGCUUCUUUCUUCCAGGUAUGGAGUCAAUGAUAUGGAAGGAAGUGCAAAGAAAAUCCAUGGAGCUGCUUUAGGGACACCAGAGGGACAUUCUAUUAUAUUUCUUGCACAUAAUGGCCCUACAGGCUUAGGAUCAAAGGUCAGUGACAUUUGUGGAAGAGAUUGGGUAUUCAGAGGUGGUGACCAUGGAGAUCCAGAUCUUGCUCAAGCCAUAUCUGAUUUGCAAAGGGACACCCAAAUUCCCAUUUCUAUAGUAGUGUUUGGUCAUAUGCAUAAAGAACUAGCAUAUGGGAAUGGCCUUCGAAAGAUGAUAGUAGUCGGCACUGACAACACCAUCUACCUGAAUGGAGCUAUUGUGCCGAGGGUGAAAAUGGUACAAGGAGCAAGCUCUCCAGGCACCGAAGAGGACAAAAAUCAACUGCAAGCUUCAGAUGCGAAGGAUGGUACCUUGCGUGCAUUUACAUUAGUCGAGAUUGCGGAGGGGGGGAGGGUGGAAAAGAUCUCGGAGGUCUGGCUUUUGGUAGAUGGCAGUAAAACUGAAGUAGAAGAGGAGAAUAUCCUAUUUUGGAACCCAUAACCAGGUUUCUUUGUAGUGGGUUUCCAUUCUGAGGUUUGAUGUGAAGUACAAAUUUCGUUGGUAGAGCUUGUUGUAUAAGGAUAACGAAUGUAUAUAUAUAAAAAAAAAAGGGAUACUGAAUCUAUGAACAAAUAAAAGCCAUAUUAAGUUGAAAUGUCAUGUUCUAUUGAGCUAAAAGCUCUUGUUUCA